UGGUAGAGGAAAAAGAUGAAAACUGGAAACUGGAAACCCACAGUAUUUUUAGAAGAAACCUGUGGAGAGAAGAAGGGGGGAAAUUGCUGUGUUUUCUUGUUGGUUUGGGAAAUGGCCUCGCCGUUAGACACAUUGCUAUUCCACAUUCAAAAUGUGCGGAAGUACGAGAAAAGAUCUCUCAUUCCUUCGGCUUUACAUCAAAAGUUGAUGACCCACAAAGGAGACGAGAUCGACGAUCCAUAGCGCCGCAGUGGGGCUUCACUGUUCUUCAGUGGCCGAAACCAAAAGAACCCAAUUUCAAUUCAUCCCAAAGCUGUAAUUCCAACGACCCACCACUCUUCUUCCACGUCCUUUUCCACCUUCUCUGUUUUGAAUAUCUUACGGUCCAUUUUGAUUUCGAAUCAAGCUGAGCUAGCCCUCCAAACACCUCUCAAAUUUCUUCGAUUUGGUGCAUUUUCUUAUCCUAAUCCGAUGCGUCGUUUCAUCUCUUCGUUACUUCUCUUGUAGCUCGCCACUCUCUUUUUGUUUUGCCCCCAUUUGCCUUUUCUCCAUCCACGUUCCUGUCCGAAAAGCCCAAAACUUCUCUUUGGAAAUUGUAUUUAUUUGUGGGGUAUCAUGGAAAUCCGUGUCCGGAUUUCGAAUUCCUAAAACCGUUGGACGAGGGACGCGGUUUUGUGAUAAACUAAUCGUGAAUGCUUUUCUGCCGGCGAUUAAGCGAUUACCUGAAGAAAUUGCGGGAAAUUUUGAGGUAUUGAUUUGGGACUCUACCGUCGGCGGCGAUGGGAGCCUUUCUCUCUUACUUGGCUGAAGUUGCCAAUGGCUCCACCAACGAUCCUGGCCUCGGAGACAUACCCGAGAGUUGCGUCGCCUGUGUUUUUCUUUACCUGACUCCGCCACAGAUUUGCAACCUUGCGCGGCUUAACAGAGCGUUUCGCGGCGCCGCCUCGUCGGAUUCCGUUUGGCAAUCAAAAUUGCCUUCAAAUUAUCAAGAUCUUCUCGAUUUGCUGCCCCCCCAACGGUAUCAAAAUCUGUCAAAGAAGGACAUAUACGCACUGCUAUCUCGGCCGGUGCCAUUCGAUGAUGGAAAUAAGGUGGAGGUGUGGCUGGACAGAAUCACGGGAAAGAUUUGCAUGUCAAUAUCAGCUAAGGCCAUGUCUAUAACUGGAAUUGAUGAUAGAAGAUACUGGAAUUGGAUUUCGACUGAAGAGUCUCGGUUCAAUGUUGUGGCAUAUCUGCAGCAAAUUUGGUGGUUUGAAGUAGAUGGGAUGGUGAAAUUCCCUUUUCCUGCUGAUAUCUAUACACUGACCUUCAGGCUUCACCUUGGAAGGUUCUACAAGCGGCUCGGCCGACGUGGAUGCAGCUUCGAGCAUACUCAUGGUUGGGAUGUAAAGCCUGUACGGUUCGAAAUGUCUACUUCUGAUGGACAGCAAGCGACACAUGAAUUCUGUUUAGACGAGAACAGAUUUAUUGAUGUAAGUGAACACCACAAGCGUGGGUGUUGGAUAGAAUACAAGGUAGGUGAAUUCUUUGUCAACGAGUCGGUAUCGACCACGGAAAUUAGAUUUUCCAUGAAACAGAUUGACUGCACGCAUUCUAAAGGUGGGGUUUGUGUAGAUUCUGUAUUUAUAGUUCCCAGUAACUUGAAAGAGCGUAAAACAUGAGGAAUUCCAAAAAGUAGUCAACCAAAGAUGUUUCUGCAAUCCUCCUUAGUUUACCUCAAAGGAUUAUAACAUGGAAAUUUACAGGUUGAUACCAUUUCUAGGCUUUUGACAUUUCGUUUGUCGUCUUGGUUUUCCUCGAUGGGUAUGCGCUCUGUCGAUUUUGGUUAUGUACAUUCUAAUGUGAACAGCUUUGCUAUCUUUAUCCCAUCUGAUUUUGAAGUUCUUUUAGGAUAUCUGGUGAAGUGGUGUACGUUUUCAACCGCAGAUUCAAUAGAGUAUUGUAAUGGAUUACAGGACAAACCCACACAACCAGAUUGGUUUUGAUGAGAGGCUUGAAAGCAAAAGAAGAAACAGGUUCUUCUCUUUGACAUCCUCAAAAGUAGUAUUAAUGAUGGACUUGUCUGGCUAUGAUGUGGGGAGGAAGUAUAGUUAUGUUUUGAUUUCGUUUUCGUUUUUGUUGAACGAAUUAUGCAGUUAUUGCUAUGCCCCCAAUGAAUGAGGUCAAUUCGUUUGAAGUUCGGUUCAUUUACGAUUGUGUUGGCUCAAAUCCAGUCCCGUUUUGUCAAACUCAAAAAGUUGAUCUUCAAGUAUAGUAAAACAUCAUUCGAGCAUAGUUCAAUAGAUAAAAUACUAAUUAUCGGA